AUUAGACCCUUUCUGGCGCUGUUCCGGGAAGGAGGAACGAGAAAUAUUUCCUUCCUAUCGUCUCCUUUACGGCUCACUCCCAGGGGUGAAGAGCUACAAGUUUCCGCUUCCGGUUACAUUGUUGACCAUGGCGGCCUUGAGAAGGCUUGCGGGCUUGCAAAGGUUGCUGGGGUUACCGGGGUGCGCGGUUCGGGCAGUCUCCUCCGGCGGGAGUAACAACACCGUGGCCUCUAUCCAGGUGCCCUCAGUCUCGGUCCCGGCGCAUAUACCCAAAGAAAAGGAGAAGGAAGUGUCCGAGUACACCAAGAAUCCUGAUUACCAUGGCUUUGACUCAGACCCUGUUAUUGAUCUGUGGAAUAUGCGUCUGGCUUUCUUCUUUGGCAUAUCAGUUGCCAUUGUAUUGGGCUCCACCUUUCUGCACUAUCUGCCUGACCAUGGGAUGCGAGAGUGGGCUCGUCGGGAAGCUGAGCGGCUAAUAAAAGAGCGGGAGGCACAGGGGCUGCCCCUCAUUGACUCCAAUUAUUUUGACCCCAGCAAGAUUGUGCUGCCCCCAGAAGAAGAAGAAUGAGCACCUGAUAUCUGCCUGUAUGCUGUGAAUAAAUCUCCGAGAUCA